AUGGCUGGUUCUAACCUACUUGCCAAAAUACUCGAUACUAAUUGCUUAAUUAGACCGAAUUUCAUCGAUUGGCUGAGAAAUUUGAGAAUUGUUCUCAAUUCUGAAAAAUUAGCCUAUGUUUUGAACAUAGAGGCUCUAGCGGUGCCCGAAAAUAUAACAGCUCAGCAAAGAGUUGCCAGAAAUAAAUGGACUGAUGAUGAUAUGAAGGUAAAGUGCUAUAUGCUUUUGAAUAAUGAGUUGGAAAGCCAAUAUGAGCACAUGGAGAGUACUGCUGAUAUUCUGCUCCAUCUCAAGGAGUUGUAUGAUGAGCAAAGUCGAACAACUUGCUACGAGGUGUUGAAGCGAUUGUUUAGGGCUAAGAUAUCUGAUGGUCAGUCAAUCAAUAAUCAUUGCUUGGCAAUGAUUAAAGACAUUGAGGAGCUUGAGAAGCUCAGGUUAACUAUGGACGUAGAACUCCAAACGGAUUUGAUCUUACAGUCCUUACCAGAUUCAUUUUCCCAGUUCACCUUAAAUUUUCAAACAAAUAAAAUUACUUGCACUCUUGCUGAGCUACUGAAUAUGGUCACGGCUAAAGAAAUGCUGAAAGUCAAUAAGGGGGUUAGUUUUGGCUAUUGA